CCGGCGUGCUCCGCGGCCCCGCCGAUCCCAGCAUGCUCUGCGGGUAAACAGACAUGGCCGGCGAAGGGGACCGGCAGGACGCUGCGCACGACAUGGGCAACCACCUGCCGCUCCUGCCCGCAGAGAGUGAGGAGGAAGAUGACAUGGAGGUGGAGGUUGAAGACCACGAUAGCAAAGAAGCCAAAAAACCAAGUUUCAUCAACUUUGACACCAGCCUGCCGACCUCGCACAUGUACCUGGGCCCCGACAUGGAGGAGUUCCACGGCCGGACCCUGCACGACGACGACAGCUGCCCGGUGAUCCCGGUGCUGCCGCAGGUCACGCUGAUCCUGAUCCCGGGCCAGACCCUGCCGCUGCAGCUGUCGCGCCCGCAGGAGGUCAGCAUGGUGCGCAACCUGCUCCAGCGCGACCGCACCUUCGCCGUCCUCGCGUACAGCAACGCGCAGGAGAGGGAAGCGCAUUUUGGAACCACGGCCGAGAUCUACGCCUACCGGGAAGAGCAGGACUUCGGGAUCGAGGUUGUGAAAGUGAAAGCCGUUGGCAGACAGAGGUUCAAGGUCCUCGAGCUAAGGACGCAGUCAGACGGAAUCCAGCAAGCUAAAGUGCAGAUUCUUCCCGAAUGCGUGUUGCCUUCAACCAUGUCUGCGGUCCAGCUGGAGUCGCUCAACAGGUGCCAGGUCGUCCCGUCCAAGCCCGUCUCGCGGGAAGACCCGCACGCCUGCAAGUGGUGGCAGAAGUACCAGAAGAGGAAGUUCCACUGCGCCACCCUGACCUCCUGGCCGCGCUGGCUCUACUCCCUGUACGACGCGGAGACUUUAAUGGACAGAAUCAAGAAACAGCUGCGUGAGUGGGAUGAAAAUCUGAAAGACGAUUCUCUUCCUUCAAACCCAGUAGAUUUUUCUUACAGAGUAGCUGCUUUUCUUCCUAUCGAUGACGUGCUAAGGAUUCAGCUGCUGAAAAUCGGAAGCGCCAUCCAGCGGCUGCGCUGUGAGCUGGACAUCAUGAACAAGUGCACGUCCCUCUGCUGUAAGCGAUGUCAAGAAACAGAAAUCACCACCAAAAAUGAGAUCUUCAGUUUAUCCCUGUGUGGGCCGAUGGCCGCGUACGUGAACCCGCACGGGUACGUGCACGAGACGCUCACCGUGUACAAGGCCUGCAACCUGAACCUGAUGGGCAGGCCAUCCACGGAGCACAGCUGGUUUCCUGGGUACGCGUGGACCGUGGCCCAGUGCCGGAGCUGUGCAAACCACAUUGGAUGGAAAUUUACAGCCACCAAAAAGGACAUGUCGCCUCAAAAAUUUUGGGGGUUGACGCGAUCAGCUCUGUUACCCACAAUCCCAGGCGAAGAUGAGCAAGAUGAACUGUGCCCGGACAAAGUCAUCCUUUGCUUGUAAACGGGUAGGGCGAAGGCACUGAAAGUCGGGGCUCUGCCAUCAGCCCCGCGUCGGGGGAGGGGGGGGGCCUGCUUCGGCGCGUCGGGAACUCUGAGGGCAGCAGCGCACGGCGCUUCCGCUUUCUCGGUUAAGCUAAGCUAGCAAAGAGGACACGGGCCAGACUGGCUUCCUGCAGACACCCGACGGCCCAGGCGGCUCCCUGGCACCUGCGCCAGCCCUUGGGAGCCGGGGGCCGUGGGGGGACCAGCGUCCUUCCCCGGGGGCGGGCGGCUGUCUCACGAGGGCUCCGCGCCCUGGCUUCUCAGACGCUGAGCUGUACAUUUUGAAACUCUCUUAUUAGCCCUUUCAUGUUCUCGUGUGUGUGGGUGACGUGUGCGCUCCGCGUCUGGCUGCCGAGAGCCACGGGGCGCUGUGGGCCGCGUCUGUACAGAGGGCGUGUCAGCUGUCACGCGAAGUAAAGUGAGAAUGUUCUCGUGUAAAUGAUGUAAACUACCUACUCACACUGCAGAUAACUUAGCCUAAGGAGUCAUUUUAAAGUACAGAUUUGCCACCUACCUCUUUGCUUACACGUUCAAAGGUUUCUGGAGCCCGUCACAUUUGUGUAAUUAAAUUAACUGAACUAAUUUCUCCUUUUGAAUUCAUUCACUGACCUCUUGCGCCAAACGCGAUGGUUCUGCCUGCCCGCGUGUGUCAACAGUAGCCAGAGCAGCCCGGGUGCCGGCCUUGG